AACACAAUAUUGACCUGAGAGCCGUUCCAGUCUGAGGCUCCGUGUUAAUCAUUAACACACUGCCAGAUGAGAGAACACGGAGAACAUGAAGAACAUGAAGCACAUGAAGCACAGAGAAGGACAAUGAGCUUCUCCUGAAUAAUUAAACAUGGGCAGAGCUGUGAAAGAAAAGAGAGACAGACGGCAGAGCAGAACGAUGGCAGAAGCGACGAACCCGGCGGCCACCUCGUUCCCGGCUCCCACCAUCUCCCUGCCGCUGGGGCUGGACAUCAUCCGGACCUACUCCGGAGCUCUGAUCUGCAUGGAGAUUCUCUUCGGGGGUUUGGUUUGGAUUCUCGUGGCCUCCUCGAAUGUUCCCGUGCCACUGAUCCAGGGCUGGGUCAUGUUCGUGUCUGUCACUGCGUUCUGCUGCUCCUCGGUCUACCUCGCCCUCUUCCUGCUCGGCCUCGCAGACCGAAUCAACACCGACUGGAACUUCAUGGAUAUGAUGUACCACUUCGUUGCCCUGCUCUUCUAUUUCUCUGCGUUUGUGCUGGAGGCUGCGAUGACGUCCGGGGCGUAUAAGCAGCACGUGAACAGCACAGCGUGUGUCCUCAGACCCAGCACUAACAUCAUCACCUUCCUGGAUUUCAGACAGUACAGUAUUAAUGUAGCGGCUACGAUAUUUGCCUUCGUGGUGACCGUGUGCUACGGCUGCAGCAUGUUCAUGGGCUUUAAGCGAUGGAGGAAGUGACGAUGAGACGCCACCAUCACAGCGACGCUCCCUGAUCACACGUUUACUCCAAGUGUGUUAUCGUUAUCCACAACACACAACACACACACACACACACACACACACACACACACACACACACACAUGUGAGGAUUCUGGUCAUUUAACAUGGAAGUGUGUUUUUAGCCUCGCUGGAUUUAACUACAUGAACAUAUUUUAGUUCUGUAAAGCUGAGAUUUGUUCGAUGUUACAUCGGGAAACAUUUCUAUCACAAGUAUUACAUAAUCUGCAGAAAAGCUCGAUGGUGAAAUGUGCGGUUCGUGUACGGCUAUGUGCAAAAGUUUGCACCCCUUCAUGAUUUCUGGACCAAAAAACGUAAACUGUACAUCUAGUUUAUAUUUUAUCUACAAAACAAAAAGCAUAUAAUUUAAAAAUGGAAUUCAGGUGCAUCCUGAAAGACAAGACAAGAAUGUAAAAUAAUUAACAGAAUCUUUUUAUUAUUAUUAUUAUUAUUAUUAUUAUUAUUAUUAUUAUUAUUAUUAUUAUUAUUUCUUUCCAUUUAUAUCAUCUUUAAAAAGGGGUGUGUAAAUUUUUGAAGUGAUAUUUGAAUUUUUUUUACAAUUAAUAUCUAAACAUAUGCCACUUGCAUUUUUGUUACUUGUGAUAAUGAAGAAACUAAAUGUUAUCUCGCUAUAAAUUACAUUUCUUUAUCUUCUUCGUUUUGUGCUAAGGGCGUGCAAACUUUUGCACUCACACCCUGGAGAAUAUUUCAAUUAUAUAUAUAUUUUUUAGAUAAUUUCACUCUGGCUGUCCUGUCUACAUUUCUAAAUUGAAUCAAAUCUGUCUGUUCACUACUAACUCGUUAUUUUAUUGUUGUCUGAAUAAACAAGCGUUUUUAAAGAA